GGGUAAAUUGUUCCAUUGAAAUUGGGAACGGAGCAUCCGUCUUCGGGUCCGUUUAGCCUGUCGGUGCACACAGAGUUUCCCCAUCCAUUUGUUAGGUUUAUCCAGUUGUCUUCCGGUGUCGUCUCCUUUGAUCUCGUCUGUAACUUGGAAUCUCGUUGAUAGGUUUCCUAAGGGUCGCACGGUAUGGAGUUUUGCCUUGAUUUCGUGGAGUGGCUGGGACCAGACACUGCCUCCAGCGUGCUCAUGCUUCUGGAAGAUCCCGCUGAUCUUGUGCGAGCCAGCGCCGUUUCUCGUUCUUGGCGGCGGUUUGUUAUUGAAAAUGGUUUUUGCAAGAGUUUUUGCUCAAGAAUAUGCUCUGAGGCCUCAAAUUUGAGACGUGUAAUUGAAUCUAGUAGCAUGCAGACUUCAGAAGUUGGUUCUAGUGCUGGUGCAGAAUGGAGGAGUUUAGAAAGAGAGCACAGGGUAUAUUCAUAUUUAAGCCACUGCAUGUUUUCACCUGUCGCAAAAAGAGACUGCAUUCUUGAGUCAAUCUGUGCCUCCAGCACUGAUAAUAUUCCAGACGAGGGCAUUGAAAACACACUGGAACCUAGGGAUCGUGUUGACAUGAGACCUUCAUACUGGUCAAGUGGUGGACAAAAAAAUCCUGAAGUACCUGAGACAUUAACUUACAGUUUGCUUUCAAAGUUGUGUGUUAUCAGUGAGAUAAAGAUACAGCCGUUUGAAGCAUACUUCCAGUACGACAAUCCCAUAUAUUCAGCAAAAUUUGUAAGGUUUCGGAUGGGUUAUUGCACGGUACCUUCCGAGUCUUUUAAUGAUGGUCAAAUUAGUGCAGGUGAUAAUUAUAAGUGGAUCUAUGUUUCACCUGAAUUUCCAAUGUUGCAGGAAAAUGCCCUGCAGUCUUUCAAACUUCCUAGCCCCGUUCUUUGCAUUGGCGGAAUAUUGCAGAUUGAAUUGUUGGGUAGGGUUCAAGCACAAGAGAUGGAUGGUUUAUAUUAUAUAUGUGUGUGCCACGUUGAAGCUCUCGGCUACUCUCUUACACCCCAACUGGACGUGGAAAUCAACACAGUUGGUGACGAGAUUAUUCUAAAAUACCUCCCAGAAGCUGCAGCUUGUUCCUCAACUGGAGCCCAAGAUUCCUCUAGCUGGCAUGCUUUGAAGGAAAGAAUCAAGCAUCUGCAAGCUAGAGCAAGGGAUGGAUGGCACUAUCCACUUAUUAGCACCUUCCUUGGUGCCAUGGAAAGUGACUUAGAAGAUGACGAGCCACCGCUGGGUUACUGGUAGUGUGAGUAGUAGGAAAAAUUAUCCUGUGCGGAGUCCAGACUUCAAUGAAAAUGCACGACGUCUGGUACCGAGCUUAGUACCGAGAGGCACCGAGGUUCGAUACCGCUCGGUAUCUAAGUGUAAACCGGACGGUUCUUCCAUCCGGUGCCCACACAGAAUGACCUCUCUAUAAUUGAUAAUGCCUGCUAUUUAUCUUGCUUGAUAUUACCAAAUUGUCACAUUAUAAGAAUAAUGACCUUUUUUAUAUAUUUUAAAGUUUUGUUACCUCCAAUGAUUCCAAUUCAUGGGAGGAAAUGGAUAUCAUGAAGUGGUUUAUUCUAUAAGAUUGGUGUAAUUUACAUUUUGGCUUUGCGUAAUAUGUAUUUUACAACUUUAACCUUA